AUGUCGGCAGAACAGAACGCUCCGACUGAAGAGCUCUUCUUCGGAACACCAUCUGAUGUCCUCGUCCCCUUCACUUGUCCGAUCGCCCCACACCCGGACGGCGAGGACGAUAGCGAAAACGAUGACGAGUACGCUAAUGACAUUGACAAGGGUCUCAAACAGAACCCCUUCAUGGGCAAGGGCUCAAGAAAACGUCCCGCUGCGGAUCAAGUUCUCCCCAGCAAGCGCACAAAGAGAUUCAAGAUGGGUACCACUGUCAAGGGCGGCCAUGCCCCCUCGUUCAAGCCCAUCACUGUCGACCUUGAUGAGGAAGACCAGAUGAUUGUCGACAUGAAGCAGCAGGGUUACAAGGAUGAUGUUAUCCGUGACCGUCUUAUUGAGAAGGGCUUCACCUGCUACGAGGCUAGAAGUGUCGCCUGCCGCUGGACGCGUAUUCGCAAGAAGACACAAGAAUACGAGGAGAAGUUGCUCGACGAAGAGCUGACCGACUGGCAUCUUGGAGAGGAUGAAAUGCUCGACGAAGCAUAUGAGAUUGCUGAUAAGAAGUUCCAAGUCGAAUUGGAAAAGCUUGAGCAGAAACGCUGGACUUGGACGGCCCAAAACCUCAACAAGCGUCUUCCUCGUGAGCGCUUCUCAGCCAAGGCUUGUCAACAGCGCCACGAAGCACGCCUCAAUGGCACUGCUCGAUGCCCACCGGAGGUUGAUCCCGAUCCUGAGGCCCGUGCCCGUGAACGUGAAGAGCGUAUCGCCGCCUACAAGCUACGUAAGGAGGAAGAAGCACAGUGUGAAGCUGCUGCGACUGAGGAGAAGAAGCGUUCGAAGAAAGACAACACUGUCCAUAAGAUUGCUGCUCGUCAGCGCAAGGAGACUCAAGCUGCGCUCAGAGCUAAAAAGAAGAAGGACGAAAAAGAGUAUCGCCAAUCUCUGUCCGAAGCAGUCACCCUUGCAAAGAAGCGCAAGCAGAGCGCACUCGAUGCCGCCCGUGAAGAUCGCCUCUACAACGAGAGAAAGCAUAGAUUCUUCACCCGCCUCCACAAGCAGUUGAAGAAGGAAGUAGCUGCUCUACAGAAGAAGAAGGAGAAGAACAAUGGCGUCACCCCCGAGCCCGAAGAGACCACUAUUGUUCACCCGCCCAAGAGCAGAUACACCUACAAGAACACAGCCGACCAAAUUCGUGAUGAGGACAUUAAUGCUACCGAAGCUGCUAUCAAUGCUCGCGCCCAUGAAUUUAUUGGUGUUGUCCAGCCUGUUGCUCCAGUCACAGUUUCCAGUCUGAUCAUGCCGGUCACCAAGCCUGCUGAUUCCAACGAAAGCGGAUCUCAGCAGCCUGCCAUCCCUGCUGAUGGCUUCCUACANGAUCCCCGUAACUGGUGCACCAUCGAUGAGUUGCAAGACAUCCUGCGCUCACGCGGCAUGCUUCUGAAUCGCAUGAAGGAGUGCAAGCCUAUCAUUCUCUCGCGACUGAACAACGAAGACAAGACUAGCAGUAUUGAGCAGCUCAAGGAGUUGUUGAAGGCGCGCAACGAAGACUCGAGUGGUACGAAGGCCGAACUGAUGAGACUUUUGGCCAUAUCCGACGCAAAGACUUCCAGAAAGUACCAGAACAACCGUACAAACCGCCCACUUGAUGAGAAUGGCAACCGUAUCAGAGUCAGAAUGACAGCCAAGCCAGCCACGUCGAAGACAACCUCUCGCUACAACGCUCGCAAUGUCACAAUCAAGCAGGGUAAAGCUGUGGUGAACAUCCCGCCUCCUACUACNCAGGAAGAGAGCCUCUACCAGAAAGGCUCCUACAAAGGCUGCUACAAAGAAGACACCCAACAGGGGAAAGAGCACCAGCGCUUCCAAGAANNGUUCAUUCCUGACGACGAGGACGGAGACGAGGAAGAGCCUGACCUCCUCAUCGACCUCGACGAGGACGACAUGAAAGACAUCGUGAGCAGCUUGCUUCCCUAA